CUGGAUGGUUUGCUGACAAGUCUAGUAACUAGGCACAAGAAUAGGAAAGGCAGAAAUUCUCAGAGAAUUGAAAACAUGGGAGAAACUCUGUCUUCAAAUUGUUUCCUCAGGCAAAUCAGUGUUUUCGUGGCAAUAUUAGUUUGUGGUGGUGAUGGUGGUUGACAAUGCCCUUGAGAUUUAGAAAAUGUAAAUUGCCAGUGGGCACCCAGUGGGUUUCCAUGGCUUAUGUAGAGAUUUGAGCCCUGGUCUCCCAACACUCAGUCCACUACACCACACUGGCUUUUCAAGGAAACAUGCUUAUAAUAAUAGCAGAGUAUAACUGCAGAAAUAUUUAGUCUGCAGAAGAGAAGGCUGAGAGGAGACAAGAUGAGGGCCAUGGAUCAAGAUGUGAGGGGAAGUCAUAGGGAGGGGGGAGUAAGCUUGUUUUCUGAUGCCCUGGAGACUAGGACAUAGAACAAUGGCCUCAAAUUACAGAAAAGGAGAUUCCACCAGAACAUUAGGAAGAACUGUGAGAGCUGUUCAGUAGUGGAACUCUCUGCUCAGAGUGUGGUGGAGGCUCCUUUGGGGGCUUUUAAACAGAGGCUGGAUAGCCAGUUGUCAGGGGUGCUUUGAAUGCAAGUGUCCUGCUUCUUGGCAGGGGGUUGGACUGGAUAGCCCACGAGGUCUUUUCCAACUCUGAUUCUAGGUGCAUCAUCUGAAGAUGAUCACUGCAAAUCUAGUAUCAAAAUAAUCUCUUUAGUAAGAAGGCAUUUUCCAGCCAGAACAAGGGUGUGGAUAACUGUGUAGAAAACUUAAAAUGUUUUGAACCUUCAUACAAUUCAUUGUCCAACUUGAGACUGAUGGGACAUAACCCUCUGACCUGGUUGGUAGUACCCAUCCUGCUUGGGGAGGUAGGACGAUGAGUGAAAGUAACAAUUACCAACGGGCAAAUGCAGGUAGGAGACGUCGUGGAGGUGCAGCAAAGCAAGUGAAAGAAAAUAAUGAAGCUUACAAACUUUUGGAUGAACCACAUCAGAUGGAGUCUCAGACACAAACUCAACAACAAUUGUAUUAUGGCUUGAGCCCACUACAGAAUUUUGAUGAGGCUGCAGAGAUGCCAGCUCCCUCAUUUACCGUUGUGACCAGUAUGAGGACCCAGCUGCAUAUGGCCCUUGAGAGGAACUCCUGGUUGCAAAAGCGAAUCAAAGACCUUGAGGAAGAGCGAGACUUCCUGCGUUGCCAGCUAGACAAGUUCAUCUCCUCAGCUCGGCUCGAUGCAGAUGACCACUUUCGCAGCAAGCAAGCCCUCCGGCGGUCCGAGAUGUCUGAGAGUCGGAACGGGGAUGUGACGGACGAUGACAGUAUGGGCUCCUGGCUAAGUGCCAGCCCUGAAGAAGGGGGCUCCACAGAACACAAGAAGCAGAAAGGAGGGACUAACAGAAGACGCUUUGUGAAACACAAAGUGCGUGAGAGGCAAAGAGUCAAAGAUGUGGAUGGGGUGUUAUGCCGCUACAAGAAAAUCCUGUACACUUUCCAAAAGCUGCAAAGCAUGAGCCGGGCCUUUGAGCACCACCGAGUGGACCGGAACACUGUGGCCUUGACCACCCCCAUUGCUGAGCUCCUCAUUGUGGCUCCUGAAAAGUUGGCCGAGGUGGGAGAAUUUGACUCCUCCAAAGAGCGGCUGCUGGAGUAUUCCCGCCGAUGCUUCCUGGCACUGGACGAUGAGACACUCAAGAAGGUACAGGCCCUCAAGAAGAGCAAGCUCCUCCUGCCCAUCACCUACCGCUUCAAGCGGAAAACAGACUCCCCCGGCCCUGCUGCUGGCAACCCUCUUCCAUCACCCGCUACUCCACCCAAGCCACUUCUGCCCAUUGCUGAUGGCUGCAAACGAUGACUUCCUGUCUUUGGCUGAUGAGGCCCACUUUGUAAGCUGUUCCAUCUCCAUCCCUGCCCAAUCUUUUCCAAGCACCUCUUGUGCCCUCUCCCGUCUGUCUCUUUGGUCCUUGCCAGUUAUUUCCCACAGCUUCCAAGGCUGCAUAAAGACAGCUUUGCAGGCUUGGCUAACUUGCUCAUGAGGCGAGGGGAUGAUCAGUGUUGGCUCCUUAAGGUGUCUCGCUUAAUCUGACUAGAAUCUCCCACUGGACUGUCAGGAACACAUUUUAUUCUUUACUUGCACCUGAAAACUGACAAAAAUGGCUAGCCAGAGGACAGGUGAAGUAAGUCAGUGGGACAAAAUAUGCUGUAUCCACAGGUAGGAUGCUUGGGAGUUGCUAAAUGGGUAAAUUUAAACUGUUCAGAUUGCCAAAUUGUUAGUAGGAGAUGCACAGUUUGGGAAAGUUCUUUUGGACAAACAUUCCCACAAUCUCCCAGCAAGUAUGUGUUGACUGAGAGAUUUCAGGAGUUAUGUUCAAAAUACUUUGUGAAGCUCUGGAAAGGUGAGUCCUGCCUCAAAUCAAUUUCUAGCUCACAAACGUGCAUGGGAUAAUGUUCUC